GAUACUCGCCGCGCCGCUCGGUCACUUUAGUUUACUUCUUGUGGUGUUGGUGCUCUUCCUAACCCCUAAACCACCGUUCGAACAUAUUUCGUUUGGUUUUUCGUCGACGCGUGUUGUUCCGCGGUACCACCUUGUUCCGAGCAAUCUGUGUUUGUGCCCUCGAUGGGAUUUCAGUGAAGUUUUUGCCUCCCAGUGUUGGAAUAUUAGCGGGCACGAAACGGAAUGGUAGCCCAACAGUCUCUCUCCCCGCAGGAUGUGCAAUAGCUGACCAUGCCUUCUUUCAACAUUAUGGCUGUGGCCCUCUACCUGGCCAAUCUCCUUCUGUUAGCUACGGCAGGAGCGGAGCACGUUCGUGAUUUGGAAGUGUCCGAAGGUGUGCCUAUAGGAACCAAGAUUGGAUUUAUCGGUGAUGGAGCUUCGCCCGAUAGCGGACCACCAUAUUUGAUUGUGCCAGUUGGACCAGCUGUAGAUACGGAUUUAUCCAUCGAUUCAACUACCGGAGAAAUUCGAACAAAAGUUUCUCUGGACAGGGAAACACGGGCCAGUUAUUCGUUAGUUGCUAUUCCUAUGAGUGGUGAUAAUGUUAAAGUAAUAAUAAAAGUACUGGAUGAAAAUGAUAACGCUCCGACGUUUCCAUCGCCUCUAGUUAAUAUUGAGUUCCCCGAGAAUACCCCUCGGGACGUUAAAAGAACGUUACCUCCCGCAAGGGACUCGGAUUUAGAUAUAUACAAUACGCAGAGGUAUAACAUUAUAUCAGGAAAUAUAAACAAUACGUUCAGAUUAUCGUCACACAGAGAACGAGAUGGAGUAUUAUACCUAGAUUUACAAAUUAAUGGUUUCCUGGAUAGAGAGACAUGUGAAUAUUACAGUUUAGUAAUAGAAGCUCUAGAUGGUGGUACUCCGCCAUUAAGGGGAGAAAUGACAGUAAAUAUAACUAUACAGGAUGUUAACGAUAACCCACCUAUAUUUAACCAAUCCAGGUACUUUGCUUCAAUUCAGGAAAACUCAACCAUAGGUACAAGUGUCUUACAAGUAAUAGCAACCGACGCUGAUUCAGGCGAUAAUUCUCAAAUUGGGUAUUCAAUAAACCGACGACAGAGUGAUAAAGAUAUGCUGUUCAGGAUAGACUCUAAGACCGGAGUAAUUGCUGUUAAUAAACCUCUGGAUUUUGAAACAAAGGAACUUCACGAGCUAGUAAUCGUCGCGAAGGAUCAGGGAUUACAGCCGUUGGAGGCCACCACGUUCGUUUCGAUAAAAGUGAUAGACGUCAACGACAACCAACCGACAAUAAACGUGAUAUUUCUAAGUGAUGAUGCGACUCCGAAAAUCAGUGAAAGCGCGCAACCCGGUGAAUUUGUAGCGAGAAUCAGCGUUCACGAUCCAGAUUCGAAAACGGACUAUUCGAAUAUUAAUGUAACGCUCAGCGGAGGUGAUGGUCAUUUCGGUUUAACUACCAGAGAUAAUAUAAUCUAUUUAGUAAUUGUGUCACUGCCAUUAGAUCGCGAAAUAAAACCGAAUUAUACUUUAAAUGUCAUUGCCACAGAUACCGGCAUGCCUCCUUUACAUGCAUCGAGAACAAUAAACCUGCAAGUGACUGAUGUAAAUGAUAACGCUCCGGAGUUUGAGCAGGACAUUUACGAAGCUAAUGUCAUGGAAGUUUCCGAUCCUGGAUCCUCCGUCAUACAGGUGUUUGCAACGGAUAAGGACGAAGGAAAUAACAGUGUUAUUACAUAUUCUCUCUCGGAACCAGCUAACAGUAACAUAAAUUGGUUUCAAAUUGACUCUCGAAGUGGGUUAAUAACUACGCGUGCGCAUGUUGAUUGUGAGACGGAACCUUUACCGCGACUUACCGUAGUGGCUACUGAUAAUGGAUUUCCUCCAUUGUCAUCUACCGCGACAGUGUUAGUGACAAUACAUGAUGUCAAUGACAACGAGCCGAUCUUCGACCAGAGUUUCUACAAUGUCAGCGUAGCGGAGAACGAGACACAAGGACGAUGCAUAUUAAAGGUUUCUGCUACUGAUCCAGACUGUGGAGUCAAUGCCGUCGUAAACUACACCCUGGGAGGUGGUUUUGAAAAAUUGAGGGAAUUUAAAGUCCGAUCCGAUACUGGUCAUAUAUGCAUAAACUCAGGAUUGGACUAUGAGACAAGAAAUGUGUAUGAGUUUCCGGUUAUUGCCACUGAUCGAGGUGGCCUUAGUACAACGGCAAUGGUAAAAAUCCAAGUGACUGAUGUCAACGACAACCGUCCCAUCUUCUACCCACCCGAAUACAACGUCUCGUUACGAGACGGAGGCGCAUCAUCUUCCGCCACCACUCCCGUGGUUGUGGUUUCCGCCACUGAUGCCGAUUCCGGGAAAUUUGGCACCGUAACCUACAGGAUAGCUGCUGGCAACGAGAACGGCUUGUUUCGUAUCGACAGGAACACUGGAGAAAUAUUUGUGAAUCGGCCUCAUCAGCUAUCGACUCGAAACCAGCCUUACCAUCGGUUGAAUAUCAGCGCUAGCGACGGUGGCAACUUGAAGUCGCUGAAAGAUGCUGAGGUUUUUAUCAGUGUCAUAGAUUCGAAGCAAAGACCUCCAAUUUUCGAUCCGUCCAGAUACAAAUUUUCGGUGAUGGAAAACGUGAAGAAGCACCAUGUUGUAGGAAAAGUUAAGGCUGCAGUCAUUGAUAACGGAAAAAGUACCGUUAGAUUUUCUAUUUACUCCGGAGACCCAGACGGCUUAUUCAGCAUUGAUCCAGCGACGGGAACAAUCACAGUUUCAGGAAUAUUGGAUCAUGAAAAAAGAUCGGCAGUGUUGCUCAAUAUUCAAGCUACUAGCGGAAAUCCACCAGUAUAUGGUCAUACACAGGUCAACAUCGAUAUCGACGACGUAAACGACAACACUCCCGAGUUCGAAUCACCCACAGUCCACAUAUCCGUACCGGAAAAUGCAGAAAUUGGUGUUCCACUCUACGCUGCCCACGCCACUGACAAGGACAGCGGCUCCAACGGGAUAGUUCGUUACAAAUUAGCGAAGAGCGGUUCCGAUCUGUUCAAGAUCGACGCAAAACUAGGCCAUCUGACGUUGACCAGGCAUUUGGACUACGAGAGCGUUCAGAGGCAUACACUGGUUAUAACGGCCACCGAUAUGGGGGUGCCUCCCUUAUCAGCCAACUUGACCGUUCUGGUUGAGGUGCAAGAUAUGAACGACAAUCCUCCUGUCUUUGAAAAGAACCAAUAUAGUUUGAGCGUUUUGGAAUCAUUGCCAAUAAACUCAGAAAUAACUCAGUUCACUGCCGUUGACGCGGAUACUGGAAAUAACGCGAGGAUAACGUAUCGACUGGUUGCGAGUAAUGACUCACAAGAAUCACAUGAGCAGGUGUUUGGAAUAUUUCCAAACAGUGGAUGGCUGUAUCUGAAAGGAAACUUGGAUCGAGAAAGCAGAGAAAAUUAUAACUUAAUAGUAGCAGCCAAAGACAACGGCUUGCCUCCACUCACAGCUACGUCACAGGUGACAGUGGAAGUACUCGAUGUGAACGAUAACGAUCCUAUUUUUAAGCAAGAGAUGUAUUCAUUCAAGAUCGAGGAAAAUCUUUCGAGGGGAACUUUCGUUGGCCGAAUUCAUGCGACAGAUGCGGAUGCGGCCAUCAACGCAGCAAUCAAAUACAGUUUGAUUCCUGGAAACAGCAGCUUUCAGAUAAAUGCCAUUAGUGGCGAAAUCACCACGAGAGACAUACUUGACAGAGAAUUCAAAGAACACUAUGACUUAGUAGCUGAAGCUAAAGAUCAGGGCCAGCCAUCUCGAAGUUCACGAGUUUCCAUAAAAAUAUCGGUUCUCGAUAUCAACGAUAACGCUCCAGAAAUAGUGGAUCCCCAAGAAGACGUUGUUAGUGUUAGAGAGGAACAAAGUCCUGGAACAGAAGUUGUUAGAAUACGAGCUAUAGAUGGAGACAGUGGAUACAACUCUUCCAUAACAUAUUCUUUUCUUAAAGACUCGGAAGGAUUAGAAACGUUUAGUAUUCAUCCAAUAUCCGGUGUUAUUCGGACUAAAGUUGUAUUAGACCAUGAAGAGAAAACAAUAUACAGGAUAGGUAUUGUGGCGACAGAUGGUGGUACGCCUCCCAAACAGACCAUCCGAAUGUUAAGAAUUGAAGUUCUGGAUCUCAAUGAUAAUAGGCCGACUUUUACAAGUUCCAGCUUAAUCUUUCGAAUUAAGGAGAAUUCAAAAAUUGGACAGGUUGUUGGAUCGGUAGCUACAACGAGUUCCCAAGAAGAAGAUAACUUUAUUCCAGAUAGUACAGGAAAUCAUAUUACUUAUACAAUUACCACAAUGUCUUUUGAUUCCUCUAACGUAUUUGAUAUUGAGAGAAAUACAGGAAAAAUAGUUGUUGCUCAAGAGAUAGAUCGAGAAUUACAAUCGGAGUACAAACUGGAAGUGCGCGCCUUAGAUACGAGGACUAUGAACAAUCCACAAAGUAGCGCUAUCACAGUGAAAAUUGAAAUACUAGAUACAAACGAUAAUCCUCCCAAAUGGCCUAAAGAUCCUAUUACAGUCAUGAUAAGUGAAAACACAGAAGUUGGAACGUCAAUCUAUAAUUUUACCGCAUCAGAUGUUGACAGUGGAGAAAAUGGGGAAAUUCGAUACUCGGUUGUAAGUCAAUUUCCAAACGCCAGUUCCUUUGUUAUCGAUUCCUUAACAGGAACUCUGAUAUUGACAGCACCUCUUGAUUAUGAGACUAUAAAGGAGCACAUACUUAUUGUUGGGGCAACCGAUCAACCCAUCAACAAAUCUGAAAGUUUGAGCAGCUAUGUAACCGUUCAAAUGAUUGUAACGGACUUUAAUGACAAUACACCUCGAUUUAUUCUACCGCAAACAUCAAAUGCCUUAUUAAGCGAAAGUACUACUUUUGGAAUGAAAAUAACUAAUAUAUUAGCGGUCGAUGAUGAUUCUGGCGACAAUGGAAGAGUGACCUAUAUCCUUUCAAACAACAACGAUGCCUCAAUGUUCUCUCUCGGGUAUGAUACAGGAGUAUUAACAUUAGCAAAACCUUUGAUAUUAGACAGAAAAUAUUAUAUGUUAAAUAUAACUGCAACUGAUCAUGGAAAACCUACAAGACAGGCUAAUAUGAAGUUGAAAUUGAUUGUUCAAGACGUUUUAGAAAAUCCACAAAGAUUUUUAGAAUCCGAUUAUGAGGUUAAUAUUACCGAAAAUGCGGGCAUUGGGACUUUAGUCACACAAAUUAAUGCUAGAGUAAUUUCUGAUCAGAGUGGUAACAUAUCUUUUACUAUACCUCCAGGAAUUUUUGACGAUACUUUUGAAAUCCUAACUCCCAGUGGAAAAAUAUAUACCAAAAAGCUUCUAGACAGGGAAUUAAUUAACUCUUAUAUUCUGCCAAUCUACGUAAAUGAUUAUUCUUCAUCUGACGCACCAGUAUUUGAUAUGACCAAAUUACACAUCAAAGUUCUUGAUAUCAAUGAUCACGCACCUAAAUUUCAAGCUGGAUCUUGUCAAAGCUUGGCCAUCCCAGAAAACAGUGACACCUCUAUUUUUCAUACUGUAGUUGCUAAUGAUAUAGACAGUGGUUUAAAUGGUCAAAUUUCUUAUUCUAUAACGAGUGGAAAUAUUCGAAACAAAUUUAGCAUUAAUUCAAAUACGGGAGAGCUUACAGCCAAGCCUUUGGACCGGGAAAGCAAUGCUAAAUAUCAAUUAACCAUAACAGCACAAGAUCAUGGAGUGCCAUCCAUGCAGGGCUAUUGCAACUUAACUGUUUUUGUUGAAGAUCAAAAUGACAAUGAUCCAAAGUUUGAUCUCUCAAAAUAUAAUUCAACAAUUUUUGAAGAUACACCAAUUGACACAUCAAUCAUGAAAGUUCAGGCAUCAGACGCUGAUACAGGUUUAAAUGCUAAAAUUAUAUAUUUCUUAGCAAAUGAGAGUCAGUGGUUGUUUCGAAUAGACAAUAAAACAGGCGUAAUUACUACUGCUGGUCUUUUUGAUAGAGAACGUAAGAGUGAAUAUAAUUUUAUGGUAGUUGCCACUGAUAGUGGAAAGUAUAAUGCAAGAUCAACCAAAGUCCCAGUUACGGUGUAUAUCAUGGAUGUUAACGACAAUAAGCCAGUUUUUAGUAGUUACCCGUUUCAAGAACGAGUUACAGCGUAUAUUCAGCCCGGACAAAAAAUAUUAAAAGUUAAUGCUACUGAUAUCGAUGAAGGAAUUAAUUCGGAAAUUGUUUAUAGUUUAGUUAACGAUGGAAGUUAUGGAAAAUUUCGUAUCGAUCCUAAUUCAGGAGGUGUAACAGCUACACAAUCAUUGGCAAGUAGCAAUGGAAAAGUUAUUUAUUUGAACGUAAUGGCAACUGAUAAAGGGAAUCCUCCAAAAAGUUCGAUUGGGCUGAUUGAAAUUAUUGUUGGAGACUUACCUCAAGGCUCGAUCAACCUUCGCUUUCAAAACACGACUUAUGAAGUAACACUGCCAGAAAAUAUAGAGGAAUUCCGAGAAGUUACCCAAGUUAGUGCAGUACGAACUGAUGGUCGGCGUCAAAAAAUAGUUUAUUCUUUUGGAACCGGCAAUGAAGAAAAUAUUUUCUCUAUCGAUUCCGAGACAGGAAUGAUCCAGGUCAAAAAUUCGAAAUUUCUUGAUUACGAGUUACAACAUGACAUACGUUUAGUGGUCGAAGCAAAAACUGAUGGAAAUCCCAACUUGCACGGAUACUGCGAUGUAAUUAUUAAACUCACUGACCAAAACGAUAAUGCGCCCAAAUUUACACAACAACAAUACACAGCUUCUGUAUGGGAAGGCGAUAAAAAAGGAACAUUUGUUUUACAAGCAGUAGCAUCUGAUGCUGAUCAGGGUCAAAAUUCAAGAAUUCUUUACCAUAUUGUCGAUGGUAAUCACGAUAAUGCUUUUAAAAUUGAACCAGCAUUCAGUGGAAUUAUCAGAACAAACACCGUCUUAGACAGAGAAAUUAGGGACAAUUAUCGAAUAACAAUAAUAGCAACUGAUGAAGGAAUUCCCCAGAUGACUGGCACAGCACGCAUUCAAAUAAAUAUUGUUGAUGUUAAUGACAAUCAGCCUACAUUUCCACCACAUACCACUAUUAACGUUAGUGAAGAUACCGAAGUAGGCAGUCUUUUAACAGCUAUAACUGCCAACGACGUUGACACAUAUCCUGAAUUAACUUACAAUCUCACAAAUGGCGACAAAGGCUAUCUGGAAUUCUUCAGUAUUGACCGCUUUAGCGGUAAAAUAUUUUUAAAGAAGAAACUUGAUUUUGAAUCAUGGCCAGAAUAUAAGCUGACUAUAGUUGCUUCUGACACAAUCCACAUUGCUCAGACGAUACUUACAAUAGUUGUAAUUGAUGUCAAUGAUAACGCACCUCAGUUCCAACAAUGUGCAUACGAAAUCAAUUUACCAGAUGUUCAAUCUUCAUCGUUAAUCGAUCUUAUUACAAUGAAUGCAACAGACGCUGAUUCCGGAAUGAACUCCAAAGUGACAUAUUCGAUUGUUAAUCCCUCAACUGGUUUUACUAUUGGUUCGUCUGAUGGAAUUAUAAAAGUUAACGUUUCAAAUAUAUCCGCGAAUAUGCAAGACUUUUAUCUAACUAUUAAAGCCGAAGAUAGUGGUAAACCAUCGCUUCACUCAUUGGCCUCAGUUCACAUUAGAAGCAGCAAACGUAUAAGUAUUAACUAUGGGUACAAAAAGGAAUAUGCGAUAGCUGUUUCUGAGAAUAGCAAAACGGGACAUGCGCUUAUAUAUUUAGCAAAACCUAACAGUCAGAGUCAAGCAUCAAAUUUUAAAAUUAUUGAAGGAAACGUUGACAAAGUCUUCGAGAUCGCAAAUCCUUCAGGGGCAUUAACACUGGUCAAACCAUUAGAUAGAGAGCUACAAGAUGAGUAUGAUCUGAACAUAUCUAUUGAUAAUGCAGGUUCGCUAGUUACUCACAUUAUCAUAACAGUUAAGGAUUUUAAUGAUAAUUCUCCAGUAUUUGCCGAUCCAGAUUACGAAAUAACAAUAAGCGAAAGUUUGUCUAUUGGAUCUUCAAUAGAAAAAAUAACAGCAACCGAUGCCGAUCAAGAAGGAACAGUAAACUCUGAAAUUUCAUAUGAUAUCACUUCUGGAAAUAUAGAUGGAUGUUUUCAUAUUCAUUCGCAGACUGGUGUUGUAGUUGUUAACAAAACUCUUGACUAUGACAAGGGCAAUAUACAAUAUAGUCUUGUCAUAAGAGCUUGUGAUAAUGGAGCUAUACCUCUUUGUUCUUUAUGUACCUUAUCAAUAUUUUUGCAAGAUGAAAAUGAUAAUGCUCCAAUCUUUCCAUUUACUGAAUACAUGGAGUCAGUUGGGGAAAAUGAAGCUAUUGGUACAGCUGUAUUUACCGCUCAUGCUACUGAUCUUGACAAAGGUCUUUUUGGCAAAGUCAAUUACACAUUCGUUGACUCUCGCAAUUACGGAGGACAAGAAAAUUCUUGGAAACUUUUUCAUAUUGAUCCUGACACUGGUCUCGUAACAACUGGUGUUGUAUUUGAUUACGAGCAAAGAAAUAGAUACAAUUUUGCUAUAAAAGCCACCGACGCCGGUGGUAAAUCCACUGUUGUAAAAGUUUACAUAGAAAUAGAGGGAAAAGAUGAAUUUUAUCCUCAAUUUACGGAAAGAACUUACAGAUUUUCAUUAGCACCAUCUGUGGGUCUUCCGACUGGUUACAUAGUAGGUCAUGUUGUUGCUACUGACAAGGACAAAGGCCCCGAUGGAAGAGUAGUUUACCAAUUAACAACGCAACACAGUUAUUUUAAAAUAAAUAGAACAACUGGAGCAGUAUUACUAAAAAAGAAAUUUGACGACUCGGAGGCAGUAAUUUCAGGGAGAGAAAUAAGUUUAGUUGUUACAGCUAGUUCUGGCAAGCAAGGUUCCCUAACUAACAUGACGGUUAUUGAAAUAAUAUUAGAUCCCCUAGCUGAUGCUGGAACGAAUUUAGCAAAUAAACAAGGUGCUAAUGGACAUGGUGGUAUUUCUGAUUGGGCAUUAGGUUUAUUAAUAUCCAUAACUUUACUAUUAAUUAUAUUUGGAGCUGCGUUUAUUUUUAUUCAUAUGAAAAAUAAGCGUAAUAGAAAAAUAAAUAAACCAAAUUUAAGCACUGAGACUGUAUCAUCCUCAAAUAACUACGUAGAUCCUAGUGCCUUUGACACUAUCCCUAUUCGUGGUGGAGGAUCACAAAUGCCUGCAGGGCAAAACCAGUUUGCGCCGCCUAAAUAUGAUGAAAUUCCCCCCUACGGAGGAGGUCAUCCUGCCAGUUCCAAUUCCGGAGCUGCUACAACUUCCGAAUUAUCAGGUUCAGAACAAUCUGGAUCAAGCGGAAGAGGGUCCGCUGAAGACGGCGAAGACGGUGAAGACGAAGAAAUUAGAAUGAUUAACGAGGGCCCUUUGCAAAGAAAUAACGAUGGAGAUUCCUUAUCCACUGUAUCUGUUAGAAAUACACAAGAGUACCUAGCCAGAUUAGGAAUAGUGGAUAACUCAGGUGCUCACCCGCAAGCGGUAUCUAGACUGUGUACAGAUCCCAGAAGCAACAAAGAACCAUUAUCACACCAUCACCAAACAGUGCCAUUAGACAGUUUACAUAUAUUUGAUGAAGAAACAGCAAAUGAUAAUGACAUUACUAAUUUGAUUUAUGCUAAAUUGAACGAUGUGGCAGGUAGUGAUAGAGCCAGUUCUGCGGAUGAAGGCGGAGCAGUAUCGGCUUCGGCUUUGGGUCCAUCGAUGGAUCAUGUUAUGGCCAUAGGCGGUUACGGUGAGGUCCCAGCUGUAUCUCAUCAACCCUCAAUGAAUGGGUCAUUAAGUUCUAUUGUACAUAGUGAGGAAGAACUAGCUGGUAGUUAUAACUGGGACUACCUGCUGGACUGGGGUCCACAAUAUCAACCAUUGGCUCAUGUUUUUUCAGAGAUUGCAAGACUGAAAGAUGACACUGCGUCUGUGCAUAGCGGCGCUAGUGGAAAUUCUAGUGUACGUAGUAAAGUGUCAGUAGCUCCUGUAAAAAAUAUUCCACCUCCUUUAAUUACAAGCGUGGCACCUCGAUCAAUAGCUAUGCCAAUAUUAAAUUCACGUAAUGGAACCGGUCAUCACGGUUCAGUUGGUCAUAAUCAGAUGAUGAUGUUACCAAGGUCGCCUAUAAAUCACGACGCAUCGGGUACAGGAUUUAGUACGUCAACAGCUAUGUCGCCGAGUUUUUCACCAUCCCUGUCACCACUAGCCACUAAAUCACCCUCAAUUUCACCCCUUGUAGCUCCCGGUCUGAGCACUCACCACGUAAUGUCACGACAACCAGCUCAAAAUAGAAACAAGUCCGUUGUGGACACCGAAUUAAGACUUUAGUAUUUUGAAUUUAGGCUUAUUUUGGUUAGGCUGUGCUACCUGUUUUAGAGACUGACUUAACUAAUUAUUGUGUAAAUAUUUUGUGAAUAUACCGAUCCACAAGUGCUCAUUAGAAUAGGAUUAGAUUCGUUGCCAUUUUUAGCCAUACGAAUAGCAUGAUUCUUUUGUAUUUUAUUUUCUAAAUUAUUUUUGUAAAUAGCUGUAAGUAAAUAAUAUCGUGUAAUUAGAAUCUUUUAGUCGUUUACGAAAGAAUAUUAUCAUUCAAAUUGAAUUGUUAACCAAAUCUCGAAACAAAUUAUUUUUGUUGUUUAUAUGUUUGUAAUUAUGUGUGAAUGUUUUAAGUUAAUUAGGUUAUAGCCGAAUUUUGUAAAAUAAAAGAACU